AUGCACAAGAGAGCGCACUGCUUUCCGCGAGAAGCGGACCUCGACGGCCGCGUCAAGGCGCUCCAGAAGACCAAGCCGGCGGCCAUCGACCUCUUUGCGCCCGACGCGACUCGCCACUUCUACAAGGCCAGCGACGCGCUGGACGAAGAAGCUCGGCGACUCGCCAAGCGCAAGAAGACGCUCCACUUGGAGAACGGCGGCACCUCGCUCGCGUGUUGUGUAGCGCUGGCUUACGCCGAAGAAACGUAA